AAAGAGUUGUCGUUCAGCAGUCAGGGAAGCCUACAUCCUCGACUAGAACAAGGAAACAGCUGUCUGUCAACAUGGAAAAGCCAAUCUGCCUGAUUGAAAACAGUGCCUCUGGGGACCUACAUGUGAACCAAAAAGCCUUGGAAAUCUUGUCAGAGGUGCAACAACCUGUGAUUGUGGUAGCUAUUGUGGGACUGUAUCGUACUGGAAAGUCGUAUCUCAUGAAUAAGUUGGCCAGAAAACAGAAAGGUUUUUCCCUGGGUUCAACUGUCGAGUCACACACCAAAGGAAUCUGGAUGUGGUGUGUUCCACACCCAAUAAAACAAGACCACACCCUUGUUUUGCUAGAUACAGAGGGCCUUGGAGAUGUGAACAAGGGUGAUGAGAAGAAUGACUGCUGGAUUUUUGCCCUGGCUGUCUUGUUGAGCAGCAUGUUUGUAUACAACAGUAUGGGAACUAUUGACCAAAAUGCCUUGGAUAAACUGCAUUAUGUUACUGAAUUGACGGAAUGCAUAAAAGUGAAGUCCUGCAAUAGUAAAGACGAAGAUGAUUCCUUUCAUUUUUCCCGAUUUUUUCCUGCAUUUGUCUGGACUGUACGUGACUUUAUUCUAGAGCUGAAACUUGAUGGGCACCCUAUAACUGAAAAUGAGUACCUGGAACAUGCCCUCCAAUUAAGGCCAGGUUAUGGUGCAAAGGUUCAGAAGUACAACUUCCCAAGGCAGUGCAUAAGAAGCUAUUUUCCUAGUAGAAAGUGCUUUGUUUUUGAACGUCCUGUUUCCUGCGUAGAGAAACUGAGGAAGUUAGAAGAAGUUUCUGAGAAUGAACUAGAAACAUCGUUUGUGAAACAAGCAAAGGAAUUCUGUCAUUAUGUCUUUGAGACUGCAAAAACCAAAACCUUGCACGGUGGCCAUAAUGUGACAGGCACAUUGCUAGGCAACUUGGCUGUAACCUAUGUCGAUGCAAUCCGUAGUGGCGCUGUCCCUUGCUUAGAGAAUGCAGUUGUUGCUCUUGCACAGAUUGAAAACUCUGCUGCAGUGAGACAAGCCCAUGAACACUACAUGAAGGAAAUGGAAAGACUGGUAAAGUUCCCAACAGCAACAAUCGAGGAAUUCUCAGAGCUGCACGCAGUCUGUGGAAAGGAAGCUAUUCAAGUUUUUAUGAACCGGUCCUUUAAGGAUGACGAUAGAACCCACCAAGGAGAACUGAUGCGUGUUAUAAACUUGAGCUAUGAGAAUUUCCGCCAGAAAAAUGAACAGGAAUCUGCCAACUUGUGCACUAAGGUAAUAACUGAUGUUUCCAAGACACUGGAGGAACGAAUCACUAUGGGAUAUUACUCCAAGUCAGGAGGAUACAGAUGCUUCAUAGAGGAUCAGGAGAAAAUGAUAAAAGAUUACAAGGCCUCCAUUGUAAAAGGAAUAAAGUUGGAAGACGUUCUUAAUGACUUCUUGAAAGAAAAAGAAAUUAUUGCACAAACAAUUCUGCUGGCAGACAACACUCUGACAGAAAAAGAAAAGCAGAUUGAAGCUGAGCGAAUCAAAGCAGAAGCUACACAACAGGAAAUGAAGGUCAUGGAAAAAAACCAAGAAGCUCUACAACAGAUGGUAGUAGACCAAGAGAGGAGUUAUCAGGAGAAUGUCCAGCAGCUGAUGGAGAAAAUGGAGGUAGAUAGGGGAAAACUGCUGGAAGAACAGAAACGAGUCCUGGCUCAAAAACUUAAGGAACAGGAAACCUUGCUGAAAAGUGGAUUUGAUGAGCAGGCUGAUAGAAUGGAGGCACAGAUCAGGGAUCUUCGCAGAGAUCUGGAUCAAACUCAGUCAUCUUCUUGGCUGUCAGAUGCAUUAGAUGCUCUUGGAACUGUAGCUACAUGCUUUCUUCCAGGCAUUGUGGGAAAAGGUAUUGGACUUGCUACCAAGUUAUUUUCAAGACUGUUCUGAGAACCUAACAAAAUGCACUUUCUGGUUCACAGUUGGUAUCUGUUUCUUUGCACCCUGUGACCAUAUUUAUCACCAAGACGUUGCUGAGAGAUGACAUUGUGGAGCUCAUCAUUCAGAAAUGUAACAAGCAGUGAUGUUUAAUUAUCAUAUUAGUUUGUAAAAUUGAUUUUCUUAUGAAUUGGUCACUACAGAAGUACAGAACAUUUUAUCAAAAGGUAUGGACAUAUUUUGCAAAACUUGUGGUGAAAAUUAUGGACUUCAAUGCAUAUUUUCACUACCUUCUAAUAGUUCUUUAUUAUUGUAUAAUGCAGCUUCUAUGAAUCACAUGGGUUACUAGAUGUCUUACCAUGUUUCCAAAAAUCAUUUAAAUAAAAUGCAAAGAAUAUAAAUUGACAAGCAUGUCAUAACAGCAGAAUUGUCAUGAAAGGUGUUACUGUUUGGUUCUUUAUGUUUUAUGAUUAUGCUGUUAGGUCAUUGUUUUGAACUUGCAUGGAAUAACUGAAUUGAAUUCAUUUGUUGUAAACAGCUAAGUCAACUAAUAUCCUCAUAUAUCUAAAUUAAAAUGUUGGAUAAAAAAUUUAUGGCAGGGAAACUAUCAGUGAUACAGGACAAAACUUUGCAGCCAGUACAUCAGGGUGAACAGAUAUUUUCAGCUCACUGGGCAUCAAUUGUUUAAUUUUUCAUUGUUGUUGAAAAAGGUAUCUAAUUCCGUUAAUUCUGGGUUCAUGUAAUCAACAGCAUUUGCAUAUAGACAAGAAUGAUAAAACCAGGCUUAUUCCAAAUCACUUGAGAAAUGACUUACUUUGCUUACUGUACAUUGCAACAUUUUAUUAAACUAUUGCCAUCCUUCAUUA